AGAGAUUGUGGUGGUAUGUCUCGUGACGUGUCGGCGUUAAUAAUUCGGUUUCGUGAAUAUUUAUCACUUGACCUCCCUUAAACGCACUAGUACGGCUAAGGGUGGGUAGCCCUGGAAAUGCUCUCAUAUGGCCACGUGUAUAUACCCACUACCAGGGAAGUACUACUCACUGCCUUCGCUCAGUGGGGUUGUUUGCGAAAUUUUGAGGACAAAAAGUGAAUGUCCGGUGCCUAAGCCGGGUUGGUGGAUAUGGAGGAUCCACUUAAAGGAGUUGGAAAACCCUGAUUCCAAACCAACGGCGCACAUGAGCUCGGCGAUCUUGAGGGAACAAAUGGUUUGUAAACUCAUUGUCAAUCACCAGCUACCAUGGGACUGCAUCUCCUAACGUUGCGCCACCAUUUUGUGGAUUAGACCUCUGAGUUAAAGAUUAAUGGAGUGUACCUCUAAGAAAACCACCUGCUUGGGGAAGUCAACAUCUUCGUUCAUAAUAAUCUUUAAACAUCGAUAACGUGUAUUGAACAAUGAGGAGUUAUCUCUAAGCUGUUAGCUUAAUGACUGAACAGUGUCAGAAAAUGAGCGAUCAUGUGUAUUCUGAGGCAAAAUCAAAUUGUCGUACCUACGUAACUCACUUUGACCGAAUUUCCGAAGUAGAAAGAGAACCUUCCAAGCACAAUCUUGAUUGGUGAAAUGGAAUUUAAAUAGAUCCUCGUAACGCUGUAAUCACAUGUGAAAAGUGACGUUAGCACAGGUAUGGUAGUUAAAUUCAGCAAUACUGUGAUGCCAUCAUUCGAGAGCACAGUAGCAGAAUUCGAUGUGUGAUGUAGGCGCAGUUUUCGUAUCUGGGAUCCAUGCUUGUACUAUCCCCGUCGCCGUUGCUACGUUUGAAGAGAUUGCGAUAUCACCUAAAACUGGCGAAUGGAAACCUAUUGUCAGAGUUUGUUGUCUUCUCCACGUUUAUCAAUCCAGUCACAACUAUUGUGUGGUAACUCAUUUUUUUUACUUUUAUUAAGAAACAUCAUUGCCAACCAAAAACAAUCAGUAAGGCCUCCGGUAUCAACUACCUAUUUAUAUUGAUUAUUUAAAGUUCAAGAGAUGAAGGAAAUUCUAUAGAUUCCUGUCUGUCAAUAAAUUCUAUUGUAUAAAUUUACUCUCCAAGUGUCCGAAUCAAGAUAAAAUUAAGCCCAAAACUCAAGUCCCUGAUAAGAAAUCGUUUCACUUGAACCUAUACUUAUCUGAAUUUCUGCAUAACUGUCUACGUCAAAUUUUCUUGUUUUUUUUUAAAAAGACAUUUUCAAUUUUUCAGGUUGGAAAAUCAUUGUAAAAGCGGAAUUGUGACUCUUAAUGAGUAUUGGUUACACGUUCCUGUGACAUGAAUGGUGUGAAGCGUUCAUUUAAGCUAUCCACAUUCUUAAUUUCUACUGGGAUUCCUUCAUUUGACGAAUUACUUGGUGGUGGUGUGACCUCAGGAAGUAUAGUUCUUAUCGAGCCAGAUUUUCACCAAACAUAUGCAAAACUGCUCUUAAAUUUGUUCGUAGCAGAAGGUAUAUUAUCGGGUCAUAGUAUAUUCUAUGGUGCAACGGAAACAUUUGAAAAUUUACUAUGUAAAUUACCAGAUCAUAUGACUUCUACAAAUGAGAUCAAAGAAGAAAUUUCAGAUCUUAAAAUCGCUUGGCGUUAUCAAAAUGUCCCAAACACCAAGAAUGUAAAUUCAUCUGUAUCGAGUUUAGGGCAUCAUUUCAAUAUAACCAUACCCAUGAAUGCAACUGCUCGAAUAUCUGAGAAAAAUGUGUCAACUUGUUAUUUUCAACCGGAUAGUAAAAAAACAUUGCAUACCAAUCUCUUCAGUUUAAUUCAAAAAUUAAUUAUUUUUCGAUCAAACACAAAAGUGUCUUCAGGUAUACAACGGAUAGUGAUAAACUCAUGCGGCUCUCCUAUGUGGGGUUAUUGCAAAGAUACUCAACAGUUCUACAGGAAUAUGCUUAAUUUCUUUGCUACAUUACGCCUGCUAAUUCAAAACAGUCACUGUACAGUUUUUGUCACGUUACCUACAAUGAAGCUACCGCCUGGUCUAUUGACUCGUCUAUCCCAUUACUGUGAUUAUAUGUUUCGAGUACAAGGACUGCGUGACCAGAUACAGGCGAAUCCAGUGUAUUCAGAAUAUGAUGGUCUACUCACAGUUCUUCAUAUUCCUUGGUUAAUCAGUGGGAAUACACUUGAACCGGCUUUCAGAUCAUCUACACUUGAAUGGUGUUUCAAGAUAAAACGACAUCAGCUAGUUGUACAGCAUUUUCACUUACCACCUUCUCUAUCCGAUACAGUAAAUAGAUCCAAUGCACCGGAAGCAGUCUUCACAUGUUCCAAAUUGCACGAAAAUCAGUUAGAAUUUUGAAUUUGCCUACUACUAUGGAAGACAAAGGAGAAAAAAUAAGCAUACUUAUUUAUUUGUACACUUUAUUGAAAUAAAUUCUCAUAUUAAGUC